UUCCUAUAGGUAACAAUGAAGAUAACAGCUAUGUCACCUGCUGGAUUUUGGCAGAGUAGGAGAAAUCGAUAUGAUCUUCUUGUGACAUCACUUGGUGUCAUUUGGGUGGUACUUCAUUUUGCCUUACUGAAUGAAUACACAUAUAUGAUGGGUGCCUGUAUAAUAGUCUUCAGGUUUUUCUCCAUAUGCGGAAAACAUGUUACACUGAAAAUGUUAUUGCUCACUGUUGUUGUCAGCAUGUAUAAGAGUUUCUUCAUUAUUGUGGGCAUGUUUUUGUUGCUUCUUUGCUAUGCUUUUGCUGGAGUUGUCCUUUUUGGAACAGUAAAAUAUGGUGAAAACAUCAACAGGCAUGCCAACUUCUCCACAGCAGGUAAAGCUAUUACAGUGCUAUUCAGGAUUGUAACUGGUGAAGACUGGAAUAAAAUAAUGCAUGACUGUAUGGUGCAGCCACCAUUCUGUACUCCAGAUGACACAAGAUACUGGGAAACUGACUGUGGCAAUUAUGCAGGAGCACUAAUGUAUUUCUGUUCAUUUUAUGUUAUCAUUGCCUACAUUAUGUUAAACCUACUGGUUGCCAUAAUUGUAGAAAACUUCUCUUUGUUCUACUCAACUGAAGAAGAUCAACUGCUAAGUCCUAAUGAUCUAAGACAUUAUCAAAUAAUAUGGAAUAUGGUAGAUGACAAGAGAGAGGGUGUCAUUCCAGCAUUCCGUGUGAAGUUCCUCCUGAGACUGCUGCGUGGCCGACUGGAAGUAGACUUGGAUAAAGAUAAACUUCUAUUUAAGCACAUGUGCUAUGAAAUGGAACGCUUACAUAGUGGUGGUGAUGUGACUUUUCAUGAUGUGCUCAGUAUGCUAUCAUACAGAUCAGUGGAUAUCAGGAAGAGCCUUCAGCUGGAGGAGUUGCUAGCAAGGGAACAACUGGAGUAUACCAUUGAAGAAGAAGUGGCUAAACAAACCAUACGUAUGUGGCUCAAGAAAUGUCUCAAACGUAUAAGAGCAAAACAACAACAGUCCUGCAGCAUCAUUCACAGCCUUCGAGAGAGUCAGCAACAAGAGCUUAGUAGGUUCCUAAAUCCUCCCAGCAUUGAGACAACACAGCCCAGUGAUGAUAUGAGCCUCAAUAACCAGGAUAAUGCACAACCAGAGACAAGUAGUCAGCAGCAGCUUCUAAGCCCAACGCUUUCUGACAGAGGAAGCUAUAGACAAGACUCAAUUGAAGCUGGUAAACGUCUGAGAAGAUUUGGCCAGUGGCACCUACCAUCAGCACCAAAACCUAUAAGUCAUUCUGUAUCUUCUGUCAAUUUGCGCUUUGGUGGUCGCACCACUAUGAAGUCUGUAGUGUGCAAGAUGAAUGCUAUGUCUGAUGCUGCUUCUUGUGGUUCAGAAGUCAAGAAAUGGUGGACGAGGCAACUUACUGUAGAAAGUGAUGAAAGUGGAGAUGAUCUACUCGAUAUGUAAGGACAAUGAAACCAAAACUCAAAGCAACUGCGCAGAUUACCUUUUAUAGUGGAAAAUGAUGUGUACUCAUUAUUACUAGGUUGUCAGUCCAAAGGAUGCUUAA